CUCUCCACCCCUAUAGUCGACUAUUCUAUCAAAAACACGCUGAUCAAUGAGAUUUAACUAUUGGCCAGGUGUAAAAUUCUGACCGGUAAUUGCAAUAAAUUUUCCAUGCUCUGAUGUCCACCAAACCACUAUAUAAACCCAUCUUAUUAGAGUUCUUUUAGACCCAAACCAAAUAAACAAAAUAAAUCACAGGCCUAAAAAUGGAACCUAUGAAGAAACAUUUUGUUUUGGUACAUGGUGCAGGACAUGGAGGUUGGUGUUGGUACAAGCUAAAACCAUUGCUAGAGGAUGCAGGGCACAAGGUCACUUCCUUUGACUUAGCAGCCUCUGGUAUUGAUUUGAGAAAAAUAGAGCAACUUCACACCCUUCAUGAUUACACUUUGCCAUUGAUGGAAUUGAUGGAAUCUCUUCCACAAGAAGAAAAAGUCAUACUAGUAGGACAUAGUCUUGGUGGUAUGAAUUUAGGACUUGCUAUGGGAAAAUACCCACAAAAGAUCUAUGCUGCUGUUUUCUUGGCUGCUUUCAUGCCAGAUUCUUUUCACAUGUCUUCCUAUGUUUUGGAUAAGUAUAAUGAACGGACACCAGCAGAAAAUUGGUUAGAUACCCAAUUUUUACCAUGUGGUUCCCCUGAAGAGCCACUGACAUCCAUGACUUUUGGCCCCAAAUUUUUGGCUUACAAGCUCUACCAAUUAUGCUCUCCUGAGGAUCUUGCAUUAGCGUCAUCAUUGGUGAGAGCAAGCUCUCUGUUUCUGGAAGAUCUGUCGAAGGCAAAGUAUUUCACAGAUGAAGGGUAUGGAUCAGUGAAAAGAGUUUAUAUAGUAUGCACAGAGGACAAAGCCAUAUCACAAGAAUUCCAACUUUGGCAAAUUGACAAUAUUGGUGUCACUGAAGCAAAGGAGAUUAAAGGUGCUGAUCAUAUGGCAAUGUUAAGUAUGCCCAAACAACUUUGUGCCACUCUUUUGGAGAUUGCCCAUAAAUACAAUUGACCUCUACAUUAAUGUGUUGUCGUAGUCGUCGUAUCUCAACAUUAGCUGUUGUUGCUUUCAACUGGAAAAAAUAUUUGUUGAACACAGUGUGGUGAGAUAAUUCAAUUGUAUCAAUAACAAUUUUCUUUUACAAUUCUUA